AUGAGGGAAAAGGGCCCGUCACGGAAAAAACACAAAAACAGUAAGCUCGGGUGCGCCACGUGCAAGCGCCGCCGAGUCAAGUGCCCAGAGAACUUGCCUGCUUGUCUGAAUUGCAUCAAGCACGGGUCUCGGUGUGAGUACUUGGACUACACCGAGAAGCAGCUUGAGGAUUUUGCCCGGGCCAAGCUGGCGCAAGGGACCGAGAGCGACCUGAGGCGAGCGAAAAACAGUGAUGGCUCUCGGGGAGACGUCAGUCGGAGCGACCUUGAGGGUCUGCUUGACGAACGGGCCAGGCUAGCGAAGUUGCACAUCGAUGAGAAAAAGAGCAGGGAUAACAAGAGCGAGAGCGGCCCUGAACAGCUGGCUGAGCAGUCUGGGGGUGGGAGACCGCCGGUUGAGCACACCUUCAGCGCGGAGCUGGUGAUGGACGUGGAGAUGAUGGCCAUUGAACAGCAGCACGAGCUGAACCGGCUGCUUGGACUCCUGCUACAGGACCAUAUCGAGGUGCAGCCGCUGCUUAUGGAUCCACGCUCGCUUCCAGAUUCUAUGUCGUUUGAUCUCCAGCACGAUAGUAUGGGUGGGCAGGCAGCCACGGGAGGACUCCUACCGGGGGGUGUGCUGGACGUGCUCAAUUUCCAGCACAACGCCAUCACGCAGAACUUUGACAACUUGUUGGCUGGCGGCGGCGGCGGCGACGGCGACGCCCCAGGCGAUGGUACCCAGAUCAUCUAUCCGGUUUACUCGAUUCACAAUAGCAAUUUUGUCACGCCAGGAGCUGUGGAGUGGGAAAGUGACUAUAGCAGCAGUGAGGGCAAUGGGGGCAGUGGCUCUGGCGGUGCCGCAGACGGGCCGUUGGUCAACGCUCCCUUGCGUCCCACGGGCCCCUUCGCUGCUGCCAGAGACGUAUUCCGCUCGCCGUAUUCCGCUCGCCUGAGGCCGUCAAACUGCAAUUGCCGCUGA